AGGAAAAGGAGCGGAAAACGAUUAAUUGCCAUGGUUAUAAAUUGUGAAAUAAAGGUGAAGUCGGAAAGGAUUAAGACGGUGCUGGACGCUGCAAGGAGAUUAUUGAACGUUGUGGACAUAUCUGGAGAGGAUCUGGAUGUUACACUGAGGAAAGGAAUGGCACCAACUCAGACAACUGGGUAAUAAAACGGACAAAGUAAUUAAUGGGAUCACUGUGAAUGGUUUAUACUGUGAAGCUGUUACAAUCCAGCAGUUGGCGGUAAUGCAACACUAAUGGAUGUCAACCGCCAAAAACCUCAACAGAAGAAGAAGAAGAAGCAGAAGCAGAAGAAGCAGAAGAAGAAGAAGAAAAAAAGGAGAAAAAAACCGUUUAUUUUACAGCCGUUAACCUCCAACACAGUGGGAGGCAGCAUUUUGUCUCGGAGCCGUUUGGCUAAACCAACGGACAGAAGAAAGGAACAGUUUGUCCCACCGGCGUUUUAUUUAGCAGCAGAAGGUCGUCCUCAGCUUGGCGGUAUUUGACAAUACUCAAAACCAAAACUAGCCUAAAUAAUUUAACUUUGUAGCAAGUUUGGCGCUCGAGAAUUGGAGUGAUGUGAAUAUUGCUGAAAAAAAUAGAAAAUAGAGGAAAGCGGCUGUACGUCGCGUUUGGUCGGGCUCGUUAUGAAACCUUGCUAGCUAAUGUUAGCUAACGUUAGCAGGUGACUACCGUAACUAAAGUUAGUUACGUGGACGGCACUAAAAGCGACAGGAGACGUCUUUGAAGUGAAGCAGGGUGUGUACUGGAACCUUGAAUCCCACUGCCCGGUCUCGGACAGACCCCGGGCGGAACUUCUCAGAGCCAGGAUCUCCCUUCCUUGAACUGAGUGGCUGGUUUGAUGGCAGCCACGGCCAGUGCCCGGAGGUUACCCAUGGGUGUGCGGACAUUUAGUGACUUUCUCCAGAUUGCCACUGUGGGCUCCCCUCGCUCGUGUCGUACAACGGUGCCAAGAGGAUGCCUGCGACAAAACAUCAGACACUUGUCAUCAUGUGGCAUUUUGAUGACAAGAACUCCCAGGGUGCUUUGCCUUCAAGACUGGGACACAAUGACAACUGUUCCCCAAAGCAGAAACUUCAUCAGUCUCACCAACAAAAGGAAGGAGUACUCCGAGCGUAGGAUACUUGGGUUUUCUAUGCAGGAAAUGUAUGAUGUGGUGGCCAAUGUUGACGAGUACAAGAACUUUGUGCCCUGGUGUAAGAAGUCCCAGACCAUCAUGAAAAGAACGGGCCACUCCAAAGCCCAACUGGAAGUGGGAUUCCCUCCAGUGAUGGAGAGAUACACAUCUAUGAUCACUAGUGUCCGGCCUCAUCUAGUCAAAGCAGUGUGUACAGAUGGAAAGCUGUUCAAUCACCUGGAGACGAUAUGGCGCUUUAGUCCUGGCAUUCCUGGUUACCCUCGCACCUGCACAGUAGACUUUUCUAUAUCCUUUGAGUUCCGCUCUUUGCUGCACUCCCAGUUAGCCACCAUGUUCUUCGAUGAGGUUGUAAAGCAGAAUGUUGCUGCGUUUGAGCGGCGAGCCUGUAAGCUCUACGGCCCAGAGACUCGUAUCCCACGAGAGCUGAUGUUUCACGAGGUGCAUCAAACGUGAUCUCAGCAGCUGUAUGUUCUCAUCUGGCCUUAAACCAUACCAACCCUUAUUCCCUUUAUCCACACGAACCUGCAUGAUGCUGCUUAGUCACCCGUCACUUCAAGUCUCCAUCGCUACAUAGAUGUCUCCUGAAGUUGUUAGACAUCCAACUCUUCCAGCCUCAACAAAUUCUUGCUUAUCUCCUCCUCUUUGUGUCAAGUUUGUCCACUUUCUGUCUACCUCCACUUAAGGGAUUCUUGUAUUGCAGAAGGAACCCACCAUUGCUCUUGCUCCAUGGCAGUUACAAGCUGUAUUUAUGUAAACAAAACAGUAAAUCAUUGCAACAUCAUCACCAAUUGUAGAGAGUCGACUAUUAUUUUAAAUGAAAAACACAGUGACACUGAACAAAACACCCUUUUUAUUUUAUUUUUCAUGAAAGGCACAGACUUUUGCUCUUAACAAGGGGUCAAGUCUUAUAGUUCACUCAGUGGAUCAGCUGAUUAUACUGUGUUAAGAAAGUGUAUUCUUUGCCUUUACCAGUUUUUUCAAAUUGAAGUUUUAAUAUAUUGUUUGACAUAUAGAACUUGGUGCAAAAUGACAAAUAAUUUAAUCCUUUUUAAUUUAUCCAUCAAUGGUUAUAUGCACAUUUUUACUGUUUUAAAUUUGGGAUAAAAUUAAAUGUGCCAUGUUUGACGUUGAGUGUUGUCACUGUGUUGCGACAGUGUCAAUGAAGUGCAACAUUUUGCAAAGGGAAACGUGUUUUUUUUUUUUUUUUUUCAUUAGUUAGCUGUGCCCUCAAUUGACUUUGAGUUUUGGGAAAUGUAUCUUUAGCUUUGUUGUUGUGCUGUGAGAAAUGUGUUUUUGGACAUUGAGACUUGGCCUGCCAAUUUUAUUAAUGCCUUAUUUUACAGCCCAGCAUUAGCAUCUAUCACAAGAUUAACAGAGGUGGGGGAAUCUAACUUUGCACAAACAAGCACUUGAAUGAAUCCAUGGACAGGCUGGAGAGUACUGUGAAAUACUGUAACUGGGAUUACAACAAAAAUGGCAUAUAGGAUAACUACAACUUUUAUAUUUGAUAAAUACAUAGUCUGAUUUUAUAGACAGUAAUAGUAAUCUGAAUAGGUCACAGUUAUAGUAAUCCAAUUGAUUAUUUAAGUGAUAACAAUACAUUUUUACAGAUUAUGUCAAAGUUUUCCUACUCUGCUUUUUUUAUUUUAUGGUCCAUCUUCUGGAGGUCUGGAGGCUGAUACUCCUCUGUCAUGUAUAUUGUGAGUAUAAAAUAUACUGGUGGGCUGUAGAAUAAAUCAUUUAUCAUUGUCAAUGGGUUUCAUCCUUAUUUUUCUGGAUGUUUUAGCUUUUAUUUAUAUACAUUUUGAUGCAUGGGUGUAACUAACAAAGAGGCAAAUAUAGUUACAUUUCAAUUACAUUUCUAGUGUUUACGUGUUGCAUCGUUAGGGCAUGACUACAUUUAGUUGGAAUUUAUAUUUCACAUCGAAGUAGCCCAUGGCUUUAUUCCAUGUUAAAGGGCUCAUCCAGUUAAUUGAUUGAUCACUUUUAGAGGUGGCUGAUGUGUUCAAGAUGCCAAAGGUCAAUGGAAGAAGUCAGUGUGACGUUCCUCAUAAUAGGCAGUUCAUUAUGUCCAAAUGCCCCAAGUCUCAUACUCGAAUAAAGCUCGAGUAUUUUUAAAGCUGGAUUUUGGCUUUGAAGUUGAUGUGGUUUAUUUUCUCCGUCGGUAAGGUGAUUGGAAAUAAAGUGAUAGUUAAUCGUCAAUGCAUAAAGAAUGUUAAUCAAAAUGGGUCUGUGAAUCACUCAUAAAAAAAACAUUAAACUGACUUAUUUAAAGAUUGUUAAAUGCCACUCUUUUGAGUGUUAUAUCCUUAGGAAAUAACAUAGAUUAAGUAUUUUAUACCAUAUUAGAAUUUUAUUUAGGCAUGGUGUUCAUGUUGUCAGUAAUGUUGCAUCAUGUAAGAAUGCACCUUCACCCCAAGUUUUUUUGUUUCACCUGAGAUGUUUUAUUUUCAGUAUUUUGUGUACAUAUUUAAUUUCGUGCCGAGUUUUAUUAUUGUACCAAUGCCAAUACUCAGUCAGAAACAAUGAAAAAUUUUAAAAGACAACAGUAUAAACCUGAGAAGUAUUAUAUGACCAUGUAUGAAUGACCCUUGGUCUAACAGUGUUAGCCUAGUAUGGAGACUACUAUUACCAUCACUGACUGAAGAGUUGCUACAAUAGAAUAUAUUGCCACAUCAUUUUUGCAGUUCAUUGGUUGUGUUGCAAGCUAAAAUGUAUCUUUGUAAAUACUGUGGGUGUAUUUCAGAGCUUUAUUUAAAUAAAAAAACAGGUGGAAUUUA